UUCCUUUUGACCUACAAAAAAAUAUUAAAGACGCUUCUCUUUCAAUCUCUCAACUCUUGUGAUAGAUUAUGUUGUAAAUCUCUUGAGAUGGAUUUUCACGAAAUGAAUAGGAAAAAUCUACAAAACCUAUGUAAAAAGCAUGGGAUCCCUGCGAAUCUCAAGAACAUUGAGAUGGCUGAUCGACUCGCUUCUCUUUUCCUCCAGAAGGAAGAUGAAGAAACUGUAACUGAAUCGAAAGAUUCGGUUGAGGAGGAGGAGGAGAAUCUAGUUGGGAGCAGAAAAGCUAAGAAAGUAAGAUUCAGUGCUGAGACUGAUAAUCAAGUUUUCGAGUUCACUCGUUCUGUUAAGAAGAAUGUUAGAAGAACUCGUAAAGCUCCUCUGCCACGUGGAGGUAUAGAUCUAAGGCGGUCGAAGCGAAGUGUGUCUAAGAAGGGGAUAGGAUCUAACGGAGAUGCCUCAAACUCAAUGAGUGGGGUUGUUGAAGGACCUUCAAACUCAGUAAAGGUCACGAGACGGAUUGGCUCUGUUGGUAGUGUUCAAGAAGAGGGUGAAGAUAGGGAUUUGAUAGCUCCGGAACAGUUUGGAGAUAGAGAGAUCGAGGAUAGGAGACGGUCCACGAGACUGACUGGUAAGAUUGAGGCAUCCAAGCCAGUAGAUUUAUUACCUGCUGCUAAGCGCUCGAAGCAGGGGAAGGAUACUGAUUUGAAUGCUCCAGAACGGGUUGAAGGGAAAGAUAUCGAGGAGGGGAGACGGUCCAGGCGACUGGCUGCUAAAACUGUGAAAUCAUUUGAGGAAGGUGGGACAACUUUAUUACCUGCGGCUAAGCGGUCAAAGGGACUUGCAGACGUGGCUAACAAAGAAGAUGAAAAGGUAACAGGAGAACAACAUAGGAAGGAUGGUGAUUCUAAAGUUGAGAUGGUGCGUAGGCGGUCUAUGCGGUUUGUGAACGAGCAGACCAAUGCUCAGGAUUCUAAAGUUGAAAUGGUGCGUAGGCGGUCUAUGCGAUUUGUGAACGAGCAGACCAAUGCUCAGGAUCAGAGAAGUUCAGUGAGGGUUAAAGCUAGUGUGGCAAGCCCAUUAAUGGGUCAAGCAAUGAGUAAAUUGAAGAAUGAGACAGUUAAGGCUGGGAGAGUAGUCCUGGUUGAUAAGAAUACUGAUGAAAAUCUUGUCAGAUCAUCGAAAAGAGUUACUAGAAACAUGAAGCGGGAAAGAUCGGCAGAAACAGGGGUGGACAGUGGAACUGCAUCAAACCAAAGCAAUCUAACGCCUAAAAAGACUUUGGAUGAGUCUGCUCGCUUUGAGCAAGAAAAAGCUUGUGGAGCUGAUGUUGAAGCUGGAGGCUCUUCCAAGAAGUCCAAGACAAUGAAUCAAGAAUGCAUUAAGGAUAAGCCACAAGGAAUAGUAAUAAUUGAGGACUCACCUUCUUCCUCCAAAACCAAAGCUGCAGAAUUUGGUAUGAUUCUUGAGAAGGUUGUCGAUCCUACAUUGGAUAAGUCAGAUGAUAAUUCUCAAAUGUCAAACACUCCAGAGAUGACCUGCGAACCUAUGGAAGGAGAAUGUGAAGAGAAACUUGAGCGAGACUCAGUGGAAGACAAAGAAGAAGUGUCAACACGCUCUUUACUACUUAUCGAGUGUUUAUCACCUGAUUCAGUGCCACUUGCAGUAAUCAGUUCUAAAGCUAAUCUAAGCGUCCCUACUGGCCAUAUCCUUCCUAAGGAUAUUGCUUCAACAGUUAUAGCAGAGGAAAGUACCAACACUAAGGACGAACUCCUUAUUUACGCUCCUGAAUCUGAGCUUGAGGAGCAUAGAUCUAUAGCUAAGCUAGCAAACGUUGAAGAACUUCUGGAAAACUCAACUGAAUGUUGGAAUGAGAUUCACUCAAGUAAAGAUGAUGAGAAAGGUUCCUUUGAGAAGGAUGUACAAGCAGAAAUUUUGCAUGGAAACGUUUCUGAAUGCAACACUGAGAAUAACAGUGCAGGAGAAGAAAUGGAGAUUAGUAAGAUCGGUGUUAUGAGUGUUGCUCAUUGUGUAAAUCUAACACCAGAAAAACUUUUGGGAGAGUACGCUCAGUUGGAGCCAGAAGAAGCAGAGCGGCCUAAUGUGGAAGAUAGAAGCUCUGCUCAGAAGAUGGAGAAGGCAGUGAGUCAAGAACUCGUAAAAGAUAUGCCACAAGAAAUGGCUGAGGGCUCACCUUCUAUAUCUGAAGUCAAAGCUACAGAACCUGUAGUGAUUUCUGAGAGUGUUUUGGAUUCUACACAGAAACAUGAGCAAGCCACAGUUUUGCUGGCUGCAGCUAAGAACGACAAAGGGGAAGCAUCAUCACUCUCUGAAUUUCUUACUGAGGGCUCAGAAGUGAAAACAUGCCUAGAUAACCGCAGCACUGGUUGUUCUCUAUCUGUAGAAACAACUCUGUCUCCUGCUUCCGUACAAUUAGCAAUGAGCAACCCGGAAGGUGAUCUAGGCGUGCCUACUGGAAAUGAUAUAGUUUUGACAGUUAUAACCGAGGAAGAUAAAAUAACCAAGAAGGAAACCCUUAUUGUCACUCCUACAUCUGAGCUUAAGGGUAACAGCUCUGUUGCUGAGUUAGCAAAAGUAGAAGCAAUUCUGGUAAACUCAGCUGAAUGUUGCAAAGAGGAUGAGAAAGGUUCCUUAGAGAAGGAUGUCCAAGCAGAAAAUUUGCAUGUAAACUUUUCUGAAGGCAACACUGAGAAGAGCAGCUCAGAAGAAGCAAUGGAGAUCAAUAAGGACAGUUGUAUGAGUGCAAAUCUGACAGCAGAACAACUUUUGGAUACAUACACUCAAUUGGUGCCAGAAGAAGCAUGGGGACCUAAUAUGGAAUUUAGAAGCUCUUCAAAGAAAAUGAACACACUGAGUUCAGAAUUCCUGAAAGAGAAUCCACAAGGAAUGGCUGAGGACUCACCUUCUACAUCCGUGACCAAAACUGCAGAAACUAUCAUGAUGUCUGAGAAUGUUUCAGUUGAUAUUUCACCGGUAGGAAACACUCAAGAGUUGAAUCCUCAACUUACGGAUGAAGAACGUGAAGAGAAACAAGAGGUAGACAUACUUCUGGUGGUUGAGACAGAGAAGGAGAAAAAGAAAGCAUCAUCACCGUCAGAAUUUCUUAUUGAACGCCCAGAAGUAAGCAUCCCUGAAUCUGAGCUAUUUGUGGAAACUACUCCACCUCCUCCUUCUUCAGUACAGAUAGCAGUGAGCAACCCUGAAUCCGAGCUAAGUGUGCCUACUGGACAUAUCCUUGUUAAGGAUAUUGUUUCAGCAGUUAUUGCUGAGGAAGAUAUUAAAACCGUGGAGGUUCCUAAAUCGGUGCAUAGCUUUGUAGCUAAGUUAGCAGAAACAGAUGCAGUCCUGGAAAAUUCAGCUGAAUGUUGGAACGAGAGUCUUUCAAGCAAAGAUGAUGAUAGAGGUUCCUUAGAGAAGGAAAAACAAUCAGCAAAGCAACGUGGAAACUUCUUUGAACACAACGCUGAGAAUAUUAGUGCAGAAGAACAAGCAGACAUCUGUAAGGUUGGUCGUAUUAGUGAUGGUCAUUGUGUAGCCCAGGAGACACUCGACGAGUUCAUGGAUGAGAGUCUAAGGAAAUCUGUGCAAACAAUUUCUAGUGCCAGAGGAUCGUUGUCAACGGACUUUGCUUCCCUCUCAUCCAAAGAAGAGAACGUUUCAGAGUGUUUGCAGGAAGAGGAAGUGAAAGCUUUAUCCCAACCUACACCAACAAUUAAAGUUGCUAGCAACGCCCUUGACAGGUCAUCUCUAUUCACUACCCCCGAGAGGAACUUAAUGUCAAUGGAGCAACUCAGCGAAAGUGGAAUGACCCCUGCAGCUUAUAUAGUGACCCAGCACAAUGAUGGAACAGUAGAGUCUCAUUCUGUUGUUUUCACAACUCCUGAACAAGUUCUACUGCUGAGUGAUUCUGGGCUGAAUGAGGUGGGAAAGGAAGAGAAACAAACAGCCACAUGCUUUCCUGGUGAAUCUGAUGUUCUCAAUACCUGCCAAAAUGAAGCUUUUAAAGAAGGAGAAAGAAUAGUAGUUGAGCUUCAUGACGAGUCUGAUAUUGCCGCUAGCCCACUGAGACAAUCCAGUGUAGGAGACUUCAAAGAAGAUAGACACGAAAGGAAUGAAGAAAACAGGACUGUGGAGCUCCAUUGUGAAUCUGGCACUUGCAGUGGACCAGAUAAACAUGCAGCCUUGGUAAAUUCUGCAUCUCAUGGAGCAGAGAAUAGUGGAGGAAACAAAGCUGUGGAGUUAUAUGAAGAAUCUUUUGCUUUCACUGGUCUGGAGGAAAGACAUGGGCUUUUUGGGGAUUCUGGAAAAGAUAAAGCUAGAGAAGAUGAAGUCAAGAUGGAUCCACAGUUCUAUGAGGAAGCUAGAUUAUCCACUGAGAUGCACAAAGAUCUACCUUUAGCAGACCCUGAAUUAGGCGAAGAAGGAUGGCUGGGAAUUAAAAAUGCUGACGAGUCAGGUAGGCUGGAGGGGCAAUUGUUGUAUGGAGACUCUGAACAAAAGAAAGCAGUAAAGCCUGCGGAAAAGGCAGCUGCUGAGUUUCAUGAUGUUUCUGCUGUUCCCAAUAUUCCGGAAGAGUCUGAACUGGAAGAAGCUACAAAAAGUGAAGAAAAUAAUGUUUUGGAGUUGCAAGCUGACUGUGACAACUUCGCUGAUGUCAAUAUAACUGCUAAGUCUCAUGAUAUUUCUGAUGUUCUCACUGCUUCUGAGAGCCACUCUCUUAUGGGAGACUUUGAGCCAGAUGGAGAAGAAAACAAGGAUGUGGAAUUGUUGAGUGAAUCUAACAUUUCCACAGACGUGGAGAGACAUUUACUGUCUGAGGAGUCUUUUGUUUUCAUUUCUCCAGAGAGACGGCAACAUUUAGGAAACUCUGAGCCACACACUGCUGGGAAGCAAGAACGAAAAGAAGUAGAGUUCAAGGACGAGUAUGCCUUCUUCACAAGGCUCGAGACUCGUUUGCUUUUGGGGGAGUCUGGACAGAACCUUCUUGAGAAUGGCAGCCUCGGCUCAGCCCAGUGUCAAAGCCAUCGUGCUUCUUCUCCCAAAGUUAUUUCGAAGGACGACAGUGUGGUUCUGGAAAGUCAAGUUGCAGCUCCAGAUUUCAGAGAAAACACUAUUGCUGAUUUCAGUGGUAGCAUCGCAUCCAAAGUUUCUUAUAGCCAUGGGUUUAGUGCUGGGGAAGAAACUGCAGGUGCAGAGUUUAUGCCAAAAGCUUCUCAGGCAGAAAAUGAUGUAGGGCUAGAUGCCACACAAUCGACAUCAAAUCAAAGCAGAGGUAAUUCUCUACAUGUCGACUCUGUUAAUCAUUUUGAUUUUGACACUAAGGGAACAACAGACACAAUCAUGGAUGCAUAUGUUCUUGCGUUACCAGCCGAAGGCAAUUCCCAGACUACUGGUGAAAUUUCUAACCAUAUAGAAGUUGCUGGAACCUGUUCGUUGGUGUCUGAAGAAUCUGUCCCUUCAACAUACAUUCAGAAUCAGAUACAUGAUGCGGUGGAGGAACUAGAAGUAACAGACGAGCUCAUAGAGGCAAAGUUAACCAAGUACACUCAAAGUGAUUCCAAGACAAUUGACUUACCAGUGGAAGGUGAUUCCAAGUCAAUUAGUGAAAAUUCCAGCCAACUUGAAGUUACUGGAACCUGCUCCAUGGUGUCAGAAAAAUCUAGCCCUUUCAUGGACAUUCAUAACCAUAUAAAUGACGCACUGGGGGAAGAACUGGCAGUAACAGACGACAACAAAGCAGACGAGGUCAUAGAAGCAGAAGUAACAAAGAAAGUGGACUCUUCAGGUGGCUCUGAUGUCCUUGGAAGGGCAAGCGUCUUAGCUGGAACAGAGGAUGAGCAAUUAUGUUACAAUUCUGAAGUAACUGACCCUGUUGAUACUGCAUUUGAGAAAGACAUCUCUCUAGCUCCUGAUGAAUCCACUCUUGAGAAAAACAAUAACGCAGAAGCUGUAGAUGAUGAAAUGGUUAAUGGAGAAGCUACUCCGAGUCCUGAAGAAACCUUGGUUAAGCCAUCUGAUAACAUUGGUGAACCAGGUACAUCAUCUGAGAAGCAAAUAAGAAAAGAACCAGUCUUGCUUUACGGAACACAAGCGAAGCCUAAAAGGCAUGAGAUGAAAGAGAAUGCACCAAACUCAAAGGUUGUGGAUAAUCUUAACGUAACAGCUCCAAGGACAUCAAAGAGACAGCCGCUCCAAGACUUGAGGAAGAACUAGAAGACAGAGAAUCAGCAUAUCUCAUGCACGUCUCAAACGUCCCUUAUUUGCUUUGUGAUUUGUACGUCUAGGAAGACCAUUUUUAAGCUUUUGAUAUCUUGUGUGGCAAAAACUACCAUUAGACAUACUUUUAUCGUAACUUAAUUUGAUUUACUAUUUCAAAUAUAGAAGUUUAUUUCUAAGCAAA